AUGGCUUCUACUGUUUCGCAUUACAGAAGAUGGUUAUCAACCAUAGGUCAUCAGGAAUUGUCUGCAUAUGUUGAAAGAGGUGGUCAUCGCAGUGUUAAGGAAGGUAAAGUGUUCUUUUGCGAGGCAUGGAAGCAACUUGAUCGCCGUAUUACCAGUAGCUCUCGUCGAUCAAAGCGUUUUUGA